UCUCCAUUUCUAUUAGUGGGUGAUUGUUUCUUUUUAGCUGCGUUCAGACGGCGACUGCGCUUUUAUUUAUGGAGCCGCGAUAUACCCUUGUACGUUCGUCCACCAUCGCUAUAUAAAUUAUUGUUUUUCUUUUCAAUAGAUGACAGCACAGAAUUUAAACUAAGUUCGAAAGCAUGACCCAGACCGUGCAAGCGAACGGGGUGCAGCCCCUGAGUAAGACGUGGGAACUCAGCCUCUACGAGCUGCAGAGGACCCCGCAGGAGGCCAUCACAGAUGGAUUGGAGAUCGCUGUGUCGCCCCGCAGCCUGCACAGCGAGCUCAUGUGCCCCAUCUGCCUGGACAUGCUGAAGAACACCAUGACCACUAAGGAGUGUCUACACCGCUUCUGCGCUGACUGCAUCAUCACUGCACUGCGGUCCGGGAACAAGGAGUGUCCGACCUGCAGGAAGAAACUGGUGUCGAAGCGCUCCCUGCGGCCCGAUCCCAACUUCGACGCCUUAAUCAGCAAGAUUUACCCGAGCAGAGAUGAGUACGAAGCGCAUCAGGAGAGGGUCCUGGCCCGCAUCAGCAAGCACAACAACCAGCAAGCCCUCAGCCACAGCAUCGAGGAGGGCCUCAAGAUCCAGGCCAUGCAAAGGCUGCAGAGGGGGAAGAAGCACCAGAUAGAGAACGGAAGCGGGGCGGAGGACAACGGCGACAGCUCCCACUGCAGCAAUGCAUCGGUGCACAGCAACCAGGAGGCGGGCCCCAGCAUUAAGCGCGCCAAGACCUCGGACGACUCGGGGUUGGAUAUGGACAACGCCGCGGAGAACGGUGCUGGGGACGCAGCCCUGGAGGGAGCCAGUGAGAUCGAGCUGGUCUUCCGGCCUCACCCGACGCUGAUGGACAAGGACGACGCGGCGCAGACGAGUGUCGAAUUCGUGCCCAGGUACAUCAAGACCUCGGGAAAUGCCACGGUUGACCACCUGUCCAAGUACCUGGCCGUGCGGCUGGCUCUGGAGGAGCUCCGCAAGAACGGGGACGCCAGCCCCAUCAACGUGGAGGCGGCCAGUGAGAAGCAGUACACCAUCUACAUCCCGACCACCAACAGCCAGUUCACGGUUCUGAAUGGAUCCUUUUCCCUGGAGCUCGUCAGCGAGAAGUACUGGAAGGUCAACAAGCCGAUGGAGCUCUACUUUGCCCCCACCAAAGAACACAAAUAGUCUUUUUUUCUGUGGGAAGGGCCAGACAGACUGACAGCUGUCCCCCUCGCUCUCUCUCUCCGUCCCCUUCGGAUCUGUUCAUUUCAGAAGCAGCUGUUUCUGACUAACUGUGGCUGUCCCUUUGUUUUUGUAUGUACCAGUGUUGAAUAUUUCUGUAGGAAGAUGAUUUCAUGUUCAAAUAAUGCACUUUUUUUUUAGUUAGAAAAUAUUUUCCUUCAUACAGUAGCUGCUAUUCUCACAGGAUCAAACUCUCCCACCAGCCUUUUCUCGCUCUUUCUCUCCACCCCCCCCCCCCAAACCUUUAUCUGUGUCUUCAUGAUGUCUGUUUCUACAGCAUAUGGGUAGUAGGUACUGAAGGAAGCAGGUUUGGUUUUGGUUGUUUGUUGUGCAAUUGUGUGAUUUUUAAAAAUGUACAAAGGGAUAAAUCGUUCAGAGAUUUGAUUUGGACGGCAUGGCGGGUGGCUUUUCCUGUGGCUUCACCGUGAAAGGAAUUGCCAUAGUUUUUUUUUUUUUUUGAAGAUACACCUGAUCUUCACUGUGUAAUAUGUGCUUAUUUUUCAUAUUAACUGACUUACUUCAUAACAUGAAUUUUUGUAAAGUUAAAAAAAAAGGGUAAAAACCUGCUGUUCCACAGGUGUUUCUUGUUGGUCAUCCUUGAAAAACACUGAGACUGAUUUGAAAGGGUGAAUUUCAGAAAAAAAAAACACCAUACAGGUAUACAUACCUAUUAAUUACAGCAUGUUUGAUUCUGCGUUUUGAGGUUUUGGAUAAAAAGAGGUUGUUGUUCAUGUUUGGGGGGUGGGGGAAAUGUACACAACAAUAGCUACUGGAAAAACAUUAAAAACAUGUACAACCGACA